AUGGUCGCCCGCACCUUCCUUCUCGCCUGCGCGGCCACGGCGCUCGCCGUCUUCUCGCCGGCCGUCGCGGCACCCACCAAGGCCGUCUCGUCCACGUCCACCCGCACCUCCACCUCCGCGGUGCCCACCUCCACCACCCUCCCCGUGGUGACGCGCCCGGGGGUCCCGUUCAACAUCAGCGACUUUGACCUCUCGGUGGAUCCCAAGCAGGAUUUCGACAACUACGUGAACGGCGGGUGGAAGAAGACGCACCCGAUCCCUGCCGACCGCACGUCCGUGUCCGCGUUCAGCGAGUCCGCCAACUACGUCGACAACGUGCUCAGGAACCUGUUCGAGCAGGCGCAGACGACCAGGAACACCACGCUGUUUGCGAACGUCGUCAAGUCGGCGAUGGACGUGAAGCUGAUCGAGAAGGCUGGGUUGAAGCCCGUGGAGGAUGUGUUGGGGAUGAUCAGGAAGUGCAGGAACACGCCGGCCGCGUUGGUGGAGUUGAUCGCGACCGUGCAUAGGGAAGCGCUGGGUGUGGUCUUUACGACCGGGGUCGCGAAGGACCCGAAGACGCCCAAGAACGUGGUCUAUUUGUCCGAUCUGUCCGACUCGGAGCUCAACAUCCCCCGCGACUACUUCCUGAACGCGACCGACCCGAUCCACGCCGAGUAUGUCAAGUACAUCGCGCGGGUGUUGACGCUCGCGGACCCGAAAUUGGGGAAGAAGGCCGCGACCGCGACGGCGAAGCGCAUCCGGGAUCUUGAGUCGACGCUCGCGCUUGCGUCGUUGUCGGUGGAUGACCGGGACGAUGUGGAGCAGACGUACAAUGUGUUGACGGUUGCGAAUCUGACCGCCACCGCGCCCAACGUUGACUGGAAGACGUAUUUCCGCACGUUGGGGUUCAGCAGCACCAAGCAGGUCGGCGAGUUUGUGAUUGUCAACAACCCGGCGUAUUUCACCACCGUCAGCGACCUCCUCGCGCAAAAGAACACGACCGAGGUGUUCAAGCAGUACAUCCGGUUCAACUUCCUCUCCGCCAACGCGCCGUUCUUGCCCAAGAAGUUCGCCACGGCGCAGUUUGAGUUCUUUGGCAAGACGCUGGGCGGGCAGGAACAGCAAGGCGAGCGGUGGAAGGAGGUCAAGAGCUUCGUGGAGGCUAAUCUCCCCGACACGAUUGCGCGCCCCUUUGUGGAGGCCGCGUUCUCGGCGCAGGACAAGGCGACCGCGGAAGAGAUUGUCGAGACUGUGCGUGCUGCGUUCAAGGACCACAUCUCCACCCGCGACUGGUUGUCGGCCGAGACGAAGCAGAAGGCGUUUGAGAAAUUGGGGAUGGUGAAUGCCAAGAUCGCGUACCCCGAGACAUGGAACACGUAUGCCGAGGUCAAGGGCGUGAGCGCCACCAAGCCGUACGCGGCCAACCGCCGCAUCAUCCUCGCCGCGCGCACCAAGAAGGCUAUCUCGGAGGUGGGCAAGAAACCGGACACGAACCGGUGGGACAUGUCGCCCACUGAGGUCAAUGCGUACUACGACCCUCUGGUCAACUGUAUCGUCGUCACUGCCGCGAUGAUGACCCCGCCCAACUACUACCCCUCCGCAUACGGCCGUAAAGAGGAUCUCCUCGGAUUCAACUACGGCUCCAUGGCUGCGGGUACCGUCGGCCACGAGUUCACCCACGGCUUCGACAACGAUGGUCGUUUGUAUGACGGAACUGGUCAAUUGGACGACUGGUGGACGCCCGCGGACGCGGCCGCCUUCGCGAACCGCACGGAGGGCCUGAUCUCUCAAUUCAACGGGUACGAGGUGCUCGGCCUGCACAUCGACGGCAGCGCGACGGUCGGCGAGAACAUUGCCGAUCUGGGCGGCGUCGCGAUCGGGUUCUCUGCGUUCCAGAACUACAUGGCCAAGAACGGGCGGUUGCCUGAUUUGGUGCUCCGCGAUGCCGCAGGGAAGGUCGCCGUGACGCUCACGCCUGAGCAGCAGUUCUUUGCCGGGUACGCGGUCUCGUACCGUGAGAACAGGAGGGAGGAGUCGACCCGCAAGCAGGUUGCGAGUGAUGUGCACUCGCCCGCGCAUUUCAGGAUCAAUGGGCCGUUGUCGGACAUUGAAGGGUUCUGGAAAGCGUACAAUGUGUCGGUGGGCCCUAUGCGCCGUCCGGCGGACAAGGUUGUUAACAUUUGGUAG